GGCGUUGCUAAGAAGGAGAGGCUUAACGUAGCACUUCGAGGAUGCUGGCUCGGUAUGUGAGCUGCUUCGGUUGCUUGUUUUUUAAAGUCCAUUUUGCGUUUCGUGAAGUCGUUGCACAAAGAGGCUGGAGCCCGCCGCUGAGUCAGCUUGCGGGAGCGGGAAUGUCUCGGGGACGUGGAAGAAGUGCCAGGGCCCAUUGUGAGAUCCUCGUCUAGCUACAUCUGCUGGGCUUGGCUGCGCUGACUGGGGGGGGGGUCCUGUGGAUGUUUGCAUGGACGUCUUCACUGUAGCUGCUUGCAGAUCUGAAGCCCUGGCCUGAUGGAGAAAAGGGACAGAAAGCAGGGAUAUUUCGACAGGCUGAAAAGGCGAAAGCAGCUCAAGCCGAGCCAACCAGAAAAGAGCCAGAAUGAGCAGAGCCCGGCAAUCAUCUCUUCCUGUGAAACCGAUCCCCACAAGAAGGCCGAUCUGCAGAGAUUCACGGCUAAACCACCUGCAGGCCCGGGUGAUGGCCGUAAAAGUAACAAUCAGGCAAAAAUGGGGAGGAAGAAGCCCCCGGGGACGGUGGAGUUCAUUGUGGGACCGGACGAUUCCAUCAACAGCAUCGCGCUGAAAUUCAACAUCACCCCCAACAAGCUAGUCCAGCUGAACAAGCUGUUCGCCCGCAGCGUCUACCCCGGCCAGAAGCUGUAUGUCCCCGACGUCAGCCAAUCAGAAGCUGACGCGAAGGCUCCGACUCCCGACGCCUCCUUUACCAACGGUGUUCCCGACAAGCCGUUACUUGAUUGCACUCAAAGCUGCCGGCCAGCGAAAUCCAUCCGCCGGGAGUUCUCCCCCAACUCUGAGGAUGAGAGCCCGGCAACGGUUAAGUUCAUUAAGAUGAGCUGCAAGUACUUCACCGAUGGCAUGGGCGUGGUCGGGGGCGUGCUAAUCGUGACGCCCAACAACAUCAUGUUCGACCCCCACAAGUCGGACCCCCUGGUGAUCGAGAACGGCUGCGAGGAGUACGGCCUCAUCUGCCCCAUGGAGGAGGUGGUCUCCGUGGCGCUGUACGACGACGUGUCGCGCAUGAAGCUCAAAGACGCUUUGCCAUCAGACCUACCCCAGGAUCUCUGUCCUGUCUACAGGCCUGGCGAGUGGGAGCAGCUGCCGUCGGAGCGGGAGCUGAACCCUUUCAGUCGCUACGAGGCUCUGGUUCCCAAACAACCCAUAGUCUUGGAUGACAUUGAAUCUACGCUUUCUGAAACUGUGAGUACAGAGGGUGAGCAGACCGAGAAGUCUCCGUCAGAUGAAGGAUUCACCGAGCUGGAGCCCACCGUCAACGGCAGCACCGAGGAGACAGAGGGCACCUCCUCCACAGCGCUCUGCAGAGACAACUCCGAACUCGUAGGACCAAGCUGUCCGAGCCAGCAGGAUUCCCAGUACUGCUCACUGCUCGGUCGGGCUAAAGACGACGAAGAGGACGAAGGCGUCGCUCAGAACAGCUCCAUCGAGGACGGGGAGUCCGCCCAGUCCGCCUUAGAGAGCGAGAAACGGGGCAGCUUGGGAGAUAAACGCACGAGCCGGCAGGGAACUGAAACCAAAGACGCAAACCCCCAAGGACCCGAAGAGCUGCUGAAUAGUGUGGCUGAUAAACCAUUCAGGAGGCUGAGUCUUCAGGAGGCUCCAGACGCUCAGGGAGGGUCAGGUCUGGGGAGGCAAACCCUAGACCGACCAGUAGAGGGCGACGGAGUCAGCGUGGAGGACAGACAGAAGAAAAACCAGGAAUCUGAGAUGAGGUCCUGGCUGCUGAAGAGGAUGCAGAUUCCAAUCGAGGACAUGCUUAUACCAUCGGAGGAGAAGAGCAAAAAUCCUCCCAUGUUCCUCUGCUUCAAGGUCGGGAAGCCAAUGAGGAAGUCCUUUGCCGUCGGCAUGACCUCCAGUCCCGCGCCCUCAGUCAGGGGCCGCGAGACGCAGCCAGAAUACUGGUUUGCUGUUCCCCAGGAGAGGGUGCACAAUCUGUACUCCUUCUUCGUCCAGUGGUCUCCUGACGUGUACGGGAAGGAAGCCCGUGAGCAGGGCUUUGUCGUGGUGGAGAAAGACGAGCUGGAAUUGAUCGACAACUUCUUCAGCGAACCAGCGUCAUGCAGCUGGGAGAUCAUCACCAUUGACGAGGCCAAGCGUAGGCAGAGCUUCGGCAGCUGCGACAGAGACUCGUCGCUCGAUGCCCUGCCCAUGCUUAUCGAAGCCAGUGAUCUGCUGCAAGACACGCACAUUGAGAAGCUUGCCUGUCGCCUGCCGGCCCGCGUUCAGGGCUAUCUGUGGAGACUGGCCUACAGCACUGAGAAGCACGGCUCCAGUCUGAAGACUCUGUACAGGAACCUGGCAGAUGUGGACAGUCCUGUGCUGCUGGUCCUCAAAGACAUGGAUCAGCAAAUAUUUGGAGCUUUUUCAACUCAUCCCUUCAGAGUUAGCGAACAUUUCUAUGGCACCGGAGAGACGUUCCUUUAUAGCUUCUGCCCUGAAAUCAAGGUGUACCGCUGGACGGGGGAGAACUCCUACUUCGUGAAAGGCAACACUGACUCUCUGCAAAUGGGAGGAGGAGGCGGCCACCUGGGUCUCUGGCUGGACGGCGAGCUGUACCGAGGCACCACCACCAAAUGCGCCACCUUCAACAAUCAGCCGCUUUCCGCCCAGCAGGACUUCAACAUCCACAGCCUGGAGGUGUGGACCUUUGAAUAGGCCUCGUCUGCUCGAGCUCCGAAUAUAUCCACACAUCUUGAGUCAUUUAAUAAAAAAAAAACCCAAACAAAAACACUCCCAAGUCUGUUAUGCGUCACUUGGAGACGGGCCUAGCCACCGAACGAACGAUGCAGAAGCAGACGGGGAAGCUGAGGCGUUUGUGUUCUGCAGAGAGUUUACAUCUGGUUCAAUAUACAUCCUAUGGCGGGUGGAAGGGUGGCAAAGUGGCUUCGGCUCACCUGCUGCCUUACGAAUAGAACAGCGGCCCCAGCUUCCUCAGAGUGAAGGCCGCCGUGACCUUAGAGAGAGAGAGAAGAGGCGAGAGGAAAGCUGCUGGUUGACUGUGGGCCUAAAAUUCAGACGGGCCGAAACGCUAACACCCGUGUUCACGUUCUCCCCAGUAACACCACAUGAAGGUCAAUGUGAAGGAAGAGAAAGUCUCAGAAUGUUCCGGGGUUACCCUCGCAGAAAUAACACCAGUGUCGACGAUAUUUGUGCGUUUGACAAUGUACGCAUUUAUCUGCUGAAGACACUGGGAAGGGUAAGCUCGUUUUUUUUUGUCUUUUUUUAUUCUUAUUAUUGCAGCAGUACGCUUCAAACCUGAGGGGAAAAAGUGGAAAUGACCCGGGUUUAUUUUAAACUACGCCCUCGAUUAGCUCAGAUGUUUACAUUGGACGCUCUCGCUUCCCCUUUAGUGACGACUUGUUUUCCUCUGGUGAGGAGUCCUAACUGGGAGGAAUGGGCUGCGUUUCGCUCCCAAUUGAACAAAUCUGAUCUAAAACAACCGCUAGACACAGAAACAAGUUUGCAAAGACCAAAUAUUUGUUUUGUAUUUUAUAAGAAUAUUUUUUGGAUUUUAUUUUUAUAUUCUUUUUUUUUAUGGAAUCUCCUUUUUUUUGUGUUUUUUUUUUUGGACUUUCUGUUGUUUUUUUAACAAUAGUUCAUAUAUGUCCUUAAUUUUAUGUUCCAAAUUAUUAUUUUUUGUUUGUUUUUUUUGGUCGUUGUUGAGCCAUUUCGCAUUACAGGAGGCACCCGACGCUGCCAUUGUGGCCCUUGGUGAUGAGCAUUACUUUUCAUAUUGCUAUUAAAUUGUUACUGAUUGUAGUCAAAUCUUUAACCAGAGGAGGGAAGCUGCCUGUCCAACUGCGACUUGCUCUCUGCGUCAGUCAAACAUAGGUGGAGAAGAGAUCAUCUGUUAUUGCACUGUGACAUGGCACUAACUAAACAAUCAAAGCUACUAACACAGAAGUGAAACUUCUCCUUGUAUCUGAUGCAGGCUCGUAUUGCAUGAACAUGCGGUACGGCUACAAUCCAGCACCACUACCUGUCAUACUCUGUCACACUAAUGCCAGUAAAAUGCUUCGUGUGAAGCUGAGCGUUAUUAUUUCAAGAUGGUUGGUGUUGUAACUGUGAAUGCUCCCCAAGUAUUAUUUCUUGUGAAUCCAAAACUGCUGUGUUCUGUGAUGUCACUAAGAAGCUAUUUAUUGUGUUGUUGUUGCCACCACUUCAAGCUGAAUAAAUGUUAAACAUAUAACAUAAA